AUGUGGGGCCUUAGCCUGCUCCUCUUCUGCGGGUGCUGUGGCCUUUGCUUUGGAGGGGUGACCAGGCUGCCUGGGCCACACCCCACUCUGGAUGAUGUGAACGAGUGUGCGGAUUCCACCAUCUGCCCCACAUUUUCAACCUGCACCAACACCAUCGGGAGCUACUAUUGUGCUUGCAAACAAGGCUUCCGGUCCAGCAACGGACAGCCUCACUUCACAGACCCAGGAGUGCAAUGCCACGAUAUUGACGAAUGUUCUCAAAGCCCCUCGCCAUGUGGUCCUCACUCGGUUUGUGAAAAUCUGCGUGGAAGAUACAAGUGUAGCUGUCUUCCGGGGUUCUUUUCACCCCUUGGUGACGGCUGGAUCCAUGGAAAGCCAGGCCAUUUCCAUUGCACGGACAUCAACGAGUGCCUCAACCGCAGAGUCUGCCCCGAGCACUCCGUCUGUACCAACUCCGAGGGGAGCUACAGCUGCAGCUGCCGCGCUGGCUUUGUCUCUAACAACUCCACCUGCAAAGACGUGGAUGAAUGUGCCGGUCCUCGAGCUUGCCCGGAGCACGCCACUUGCUUCAAUGCUCUCGGCAGCUACUCCUGUGCCUGCAACCCGGGGUUUGAAUCCAGAAGUGGACGCAAGAGUUUCCGGGGUCUGAGAGAGGCGUGUGAAGAUGUGGAUGAGUGUUCCAAGAACUCCUCUCUCUGUGGUGCCAACUCGGUCUGCGUCAACACCCCUGGGGGGUACAACUGCUCCUGCCUGCCUGGGUUCUUCUCCGCCAGCGGUCGGGCCCCCGCGGACACCAAGGCUUUGCAGUGCACAGACGUCGACGAAUGCCUCCAAGACCCCUCACCGUGUGGCCCAGAUUCUGUCUGCACCAACACCCCAGGCUCCUACAGCUGCGGCUGCACCGUGGGCUUCCGUCCCCAUCCGGAAGGCUCCCAGCGACACGGCAACUUCAGCUGCAAAAGGGUCCCCUUCAAGUGUAGGGAAGAUGUGAUACCCUACAACGAACUCGUGCAGCGAUGUCAUGGGGCAGCAGCCGGGGAACCUGACGCUGCACAGGUUUCCUUCUGCACACUCAUGAACGCCACCUUCGGCGUGCUGGAUGAAUCCUGCGAGAGCAAAGCUCCCCCAGCGUCUCUGAAGACCGUGGCAGAGAACUUUGCUUCUGUGCUGGAACAAGCGUCGAUGUCGUCUGUCAACUUCACCAGGGCGGAGUCGUCAGCCCUGGCCACGGUGUUGCUGCAGAGUGUGGAGAGCGCCACCGUGGCCACUCUGCUGAGAACUUCAGGGAGUGGCGGCCAGUGUGUCCGCACACAACAACUAGAUAUCGAGAGCAAAGUUAUCAAGGACGGGUGCGUCGGGGAGAGCAAGUUCUUCAGCCUGAAGGCCAAAGGGGACAAGAUGAAGAUCAGCUGCUCCAUGGUGGAGGAAGCUGAGCCUGCAGGGGAACCUGCAGGGCUCUCCGGAGUGGCUUUUGUGUCCUUUGCGGGCAUGGAGUCCAUUCUAGACGAACGCUUCCUAGAAGACCCCUGGGGCUCUGGGGACAACUCCGGGAGGAAGCUGAAGAUGAAUUCACGUGUUGUUGGUGGCCUCACGACUGGGGAGAAGAAGGAGGGCUUCUCGGAGCCCAUCGUCUACACCCUGGAGAACAUUCAGCCAAAACAGGAGCAUGAGAGGCCCAUCUGUGUUUCCUGGAGCACCGAUGUGGAUGGUGGAAGGUGGACACGCUCUGGCUGUGUGAUUCUGGAAGCUUCCGAGACAUACACCGUCUGCAGCUGUAAUCGGAUGGCGAACUUGGCCAUCAUCAUGGCCUCAGGGGAGCUCACGCUGGAGUUCGCCCUGUACAUCAUCAGCCACACGGGCAUGGUCAUCUCCCUGCUGUGCCUGGCGCUGGCCAUCCUCACCUUCCUGCUGUGCCGCUCCAUUCGUAACCACAACACCUACCUGCACCUGCACCUCUGCGUGUGCCUCUUUUUGGCCAAGAUUCUCUUCCUCGUCGGGAUAGACAAGACCGAGAACCGGAUGGGCUGCGCCAUCAUCGCGGGCUUCCUGCACUACCUCUUCCUUGCCUGCUUUUUCUGGAUGCUGCUAGAGGCCAUAAUGCUCACCCUGACGGUCAGGAACCUGAAGGUGGUGAAUUACUUCAGCUCUCGCAACAUCAAGAUGGUAUACCUCUGCGCCUUUGGCUAUGGGCUCCCAGCACUGGUGGUGGCAGUCUCUGCUGGCGUCCAGCCACAGGGCUACGGGAUGCACAAUCGCUGCUGGCUGAAUACGGACACCGGGUUCGUCUGGAGCUUUCUGGGGCCAGUGUGUGUGAUCAUCAAGAUCAACUCCGUGCUGCUCACGUGGACGCUGUGUGUCCUGCGGCAGAAGCUUUCCAGCGUCAACGCCGAGGUCUCCACGCUCAGAGACACCAGGUUGCUGACAUUCAAGGCCUUUGCCCAGCUCUUCAUCUUGGGCUGCACCUGGGUGCUGGGAAUCUUCCAGAUUGGACCCGUGGCCCAUGUCAUGGCGUACCUGUUCACCGUGGUCAACAGCCUGCAGGGGGCCUUCAUCUUCCUCAUCCACUGCCUGCUCAGCCGCCAGGUACGAGAGGAAUACAGGAGGUGGCUGUGCAGGAGGCCCAAGCCCAGCUCCCAGUCCCAGACCACGGGGAUGGUUCUGUUGUCCACGCCAUCCGCUUCCAAAAUG